AUGGCCAACAACUCUCUGGCUUCUGCCUCCUCCUCCGACUCUGGCUACUCUUCCGCUUCCGAUGAACCCGUCUCGCCGCCCGUAACCAUUCGAAGACCCCUUGAUCCGCCGAUGCUCCAUAACAACGCAUUGGCUGUGGUGCCCGUGAGCCCGGCUCCCGAUCUUGCGGGACCGUUGGGCAGUCCGUAUCAUAUUGCGACGCCCGUCAUCAUCACUCCGGUCGAUCGGAGGUCCACCCGCGAGCUGGUCCACAUCGGCCGCAUCCGGCGGGUCCGUCAUCGCCGCGCCUCCCACGCAAUUCUCAACAGCAUCCGCCGUCGGCUCUCUUUGGCGACCGCCGGAGAGCACAGAGCCCAUCUCGAGCAGAUCGCCACGCCCGUUCCCACGCCCAGGACCAGACAGUAGGGGUACUUGUAGCGUAAAAAUAUAUAAACGUUGUGUUUCGAAUCGACAAAACGAGCACGGCAAUCGAGUUGGAGGCCGUCGACGAGUUCCAGACGAUUCUCAGCGCCGCCCUGGAUACUCUGGAGCCAGUUUUCGCGCCUCCGAGCACCACGAUUCCGUCCGAAUCGACGACUGGCGCCCGACUCCGCGAGCACAACCGUCUCGAAGCGCUCGAAGUUUCCAGAGACGUUCUGGAACGAGACGAAGCAUCGAUGGCCGAAAUCCAGAAUGCUUUGGCCCUUUUGGAAGGGAGCAUGGGCCAAAUGAGCGCCGAAACUGAUAUUGUGAGCUUUAAAAGGAGGGGAGAAGUUAAAGUUUUUCGAAUUUCGCUUCAGAUUGAACAAUAUCUCGAUGAGUUUGAGGCGGAGAAACGCGAGAAGCUGACGAGAUGGGCGAGAAUUGAGGAGAUUAUGAAGCUGAUUAGAGAGGGCUGA